CAAAGGUUUUACAGUCACAUCCAGGCGACCUUAAAACCGCCAAAAAUAAAGAAAGCGAUAAACAUUUACAGCCCGCUGAGCCACGACAUGAGGAGCGACUGCUCAGCCUGCCGUUCCGCAGAGCGACCAGUAGGGGACCGCCUCGAGUGGAGCCAGUAGAGCCAAAAUGGCGGACGGUUCGGGAGGAUCAUGGUGGAAGUAAACAGAUCGGCGCACAUCGGGAGUUUCUCCUCUCUUUCGCGCGCAAAAGGACAGCAGCUCUCGUGCUCGCAGGCAGCUCGUGCCCUGGGCGGAGGUGGCGGUGGCGGUGAUGUCGGGUUCCGGCAGCAGAGCAGAAUGUCUGUGGAAGCGACACAUUGCCGAGCAGCUAAAGCUGAGGGACCGUCUGCAAAGACAGGCCUUCGAGGAGAUCAUACAGCAGUAUAAUCGCCUGCUGGAAAAGUCUGAUCUACAGGCUGUUCUUUCAGAGAGACUCCAGACAGACAAGUUUGACCUUCAGAGCAGGCAGGAUCUCAGCCCUGGGGUCGACGCAGGUCGCAGCGAUGCUCUGCUCCAGGAGAUGGCCCAGAUCCGCAUCCGGCACCAGGAGGAGCUCACCGAGCUGCACAAGAAGCGAGGCGAGCUCGCCCAGAACGUGAUCCAGCUCAACAACCAGCUGCAGCAGAAGGACAAGGAGAUCCAGAGCAACGAGGCCAAGAUGCAGGAGUACCAGCAGAGGAUCGCAGAGCUUGAGGGCGAGUGUCGAGAGCUGCGCAGCUCCCUGCAGGACCUGGAGCGAGCCAAUCAGACACUGAAGGACGAGUACGAUGCCCUGCAGAUCACAUUCAGCGCCCUGGAGGAGAAGCUGCGGCGCACGACCGAAGACAACCAGGAGCUUGUCUCCCGCUGGAUGGCGGAGAAGGCGCAGGAGGCGAACCGCCUCAACGCAGAGAACGAGAAAGACUGCAGACGCAGGCAAGCCAAACUGCAAAAAGAGCUUGCAGAUGCAGCCAAGGAACCCCUGCCGCUCGAUCCGGACGACGACAUCGAGGUUCUCCCGGAGGAAGCGCCCGAGACCCCUGCUGAGAGCUCCCCUGGCCGAAUGGUCAGCCGCACCCCCAGCAAGCGUGCAUCACAGCCCCCCCCUGCAGGACUGCUGGACUCCAUUUCCAGUAUCUUUGGUAGGCGCCGCUCUGUGAACAGCUCCCCUGACAGCACAGAGACAAACACUGGUGUCUGUGUUGAGGUGCGUGUUCCAUCCACGGCUCUGCACGUCUUUGAUGCCCACGACGGUGAGGUGAAUGCAGUUCGCUUCAGUCCAGGUUCUCGCCUCCUAGCGACAGGUGGCAUGGAUCGCAGAGUGAAGCUCUGGGAGGUGGUCUCAGGGCGCUGUGAACUCAAGGGGGCGCUAACAGGCAGCAACGCUGGGAUUACCAGCAUUGAGUUUGACAGUGCAGGCUCCUACUUACUCGCUGCCUCUAAUGACUUUGCCAGCAGGAUCUGGACUGUGGAUGAUUAUCGUCUGCGGCACACGCUCACGGGUCACAGCGGGAAGGUGCUCUCUGCUCGCUUCCUGCUGGACAACGCGCGCAUUGUGUCCGGGAGCUAUGACCGCACUCUUAAGCUGUGGGACCUGCGCAGUAAAGUCUGUAUGAAGACGGUGUUUGCAGGAUCCAGCUGUAAUGAUAUUGUAUGCACUGAGCAAUGUGUCAUGAGUGGCCACUUUGAUAAGAAAGUACGAUUUUGGGACAUCAGGUCGGAGAGCAUCGUUCGGGAGUUAGAGCUUCUGGGCCGCGUCACAUCGCUUGACCUGAACCACGACCGAACAGAACUGCUCACCUGUUCCCGUGACGACAUAGUGAAGAUCAUUGAUCUGCGUAGCAACGCUAUGCGCCAGACCUUCAGUGCACAGGGGUUCAAGUGUGGCUCAGACUGGACAAGGGUGACCUUCAGUCCUGACGGCGGGUAUGUGGCGGCGGGAUCAGCAGACGGGACCUUGUACGUGUGGAACGUGCUGAGCGGGAAGGUGGAGCGAACCCUGGACAAACACCACAGCUCUGCUAUCAACGCAGUGUCCUGGUCACCAUCAGGGAGCCACGUGGUCAGUGUGGAGAAGGGCAGCAAGGUGGUACUCUGGUCUGACAUGUGAUCGCCCUGCUGCUUCCUCAUUGGUCAGCCCAAGAUGGAUGGCGGAACGGUCUGAUGGACGGACCGCCCUCUCGUGCUGGAGAGACACUGUGGAGACUUCCCCUUCUGGGGGACUGUGGGCUGUGACCUCUGCUGCUUACAGCCAUCUACGUGCACUUAAUGUUCACUUUGUCCAUAUAUCACUAUAAACACAGAUACUGUCUCACCGUGCUGAACGAGUUCCUAAUGAGUGUGUGUGUGUUGCAUGCGGUGGUGGGGAGCCGGUCAGUCGGCCUGCGUCCCCCUCUCUGGAAGACGGGGGUUUGAGUGCGCUGCCCUGGAAGCAUCAUCCUACCAGGCUUGUCACGGUGGUGCGGAGGCAAGUGUGGUGGUGGGCGGAGCUGCAGGCGCUCUCAGUGCUUGCAACGCACACCUUCACCGCAGCUGAAGUCCCAGAAGCCUCGAGGACCGCUGUGUCACACGUCUGUGUGAAGCGCAGGGUGUCCCUUGGAUUGAGGCGUGUUUGCACAGCACUUGUUGGGGUAACUUCCGACUCUGGGGGUGCCGUUGAGCCAGAGGAACUCUGAGCUUAUUUAACUGUAAAUAUUGAUAUUAUAAUAAUAAAAGGCAGAUCUCCUGCAGAA